GUUGUCGAGAGCUGCUAUGGCGAAGUUUGAGGACAUCAAGGAGCAAUCUGCAACGGGACUGAAGCACGCAAUAGAACAACACAAGUACACAGACAUACGUGUUGAUCUGAAACCAUCCCAUGUCAUUAUUCCACACGGGGGAUACUAUAAAAAGGGUGCUGUUAACAUUCUUGUCCUUGACCUUGGAAAUUUGAAGGUCAAUAGUGAGAAAAAUAAAGUUGGAGACAGCAAGUCCUUAGCUGUAGAAGACAUGAUGUCCAGGGCCUACGACAACUUCAAAAUCAAGCUGGAUCAGAUACAAAUAUUAUUCGCAAAACCAG